AUGCUUGCUCGCCUGCUUCGUGAUCAUCUUAUCGAGAACGGCUGGAAAGUCUUUUUCAUGGGCACAUGGGGAGUACACCUUAUCAAAUUUGCUCCCGAUGAUUACGAUAACGCUUGGGAUGUGUUGGGGCUUAAGCUCAAGGAUCGCUACCCAAAGCAGAAUCCAGCAGCCUUUUCCGCUCCAAACUCUCUGCUUCUCGUUGACGAGGCACAGGCGUCAUACAAAGAUGAGAUACUCUGGGGCGAAAUUAUCAAGGAGCAACUGAAUGGUAUCGUCAAGAGAGAUAUGCGAAUUUGCCUCGUCUGUUCUUAUGGGAGUCCAACCACCGGCGUCGAGCCUGGUAUCUUUAUCCCAGCCGAAUUUACCACGAGCCAGCGCAUUACCAUCACUCCGCAACAAAUUCCAGGCUCCCCGCAAAUAGGCCUUUUUACACCAGGCUCGAAUUUGACGACGCUGUUUCCCGAGACAGUCAAGUCUACAGACAACAACAACACGGACAAGCCUAAGACACCAGCAAAGACCGCAGAUGUCAGCACAACCGAGACACGUCAACUGUCCGACCAGAUAAAGAAAAUAAUUGAGGUCGGAGUCCAGCAGCUCCUCGAAACAAUUACACAGAAACUUCAGACACCUGUACCUCAGACACCUGUACCCGACGAUCUCAGCCCAGACAACACACCUCGCAAAACAGGCAUUGGACUCGGACCACCCAAGCCAGAGGACAGACCCAAGACUGACGCACCCAAGACUGCCAAAGCGAAAUUUGCCAUACUCCGUACUACAGCUAAAAGAAAGACGCCGGCACUCCCAGAUGCAAACAAACACGCAAAGUUUCUGCAGCAGAAAGCCGACGAAAUUACAGUUCAGAAAAACAUUGGGUAUUGGGAUCUGGACGACGAAAACCAGUAUCAUGACAACUUCACUCUACAUGAGGAAGCCGGUGGCUAUAUAUUCUCUUUCACAAAUGGGCAUCCCGGAGCUGUAAACGCGAUACUAUCCUACAUCUAUGAACAUGUUAUUCUCAGCUUGAAAGAAGAUGAAGAAGUUUGGACGCAUCUCGCAUCUUGCUCUGUCGCUCGCUCUUUUCCGAAAGGCCCUAAACUGACACCUCGAGUCGUCAAUGUCCUUGGAGACAUUGCGGAGCAAGGAAGCAUCGAAUGGGAGGAGAACAAUGAAGGGAUGGGUCAAUGUUAUGUGAACGGCUGGAUCCAUAAGACCAUCGUGCUUGAUGCCACUUGCCCUAUUGGAAAAGACAUGGUUGUUCUUCCGUCACGUCUACACGAGAAAUGGGUCGAAAGAUUUGUUGGCGGUAUAUCAGCCUCUCUGCCCCUACGAUUUGAUACGCUUCAAACCCUUUGUUGUGAAGUCCUCGGUCGCUUUUCCGUCAUGUAUUUACGACAUGCCUCCAAGGGGAAGAAAAUGUCCAGCGCAUCGACAUAUAGGGCUUUGGAAGCUCAGUACCAAGACGAGUUCUAUAAAGCAUUCAGAUCGGUCGCUGGGCGGGCGGUUCCAAUUUGCUCGGAGUGGUCCAGAACGCAGGACGGCACAGCGGAUUUCUACAUACCCGAGAAGAAGUGGGCCAUCGAGGUCCUCCGUGACCACAGGAAGAUUGACGAGCAUGUCUCAAGGUUCCGCGAGGGCGGAGCGUACUAUGGCUGGAUAGAGGACGGCACAAUUCAAGAAUGGAUUGUCAUCGAUUGUGCGACUACUUUGCGUAACAAAGUUCACCGUGAGCCAAAUCUCAUCCAUGCCAUCUUCCUAGCAGAUUACACAGAGUUACAAGUCUUUGGUCGGCAGAGGUUACCCAUAUAUAAAGCUCGCCUACAAUGA